CACACGGGCUUCCUCUCCCCAAAGACUUUCCUGAAGCCUGAGGGGGGGGGCAGAAACGGCCUCCCCGCCCUCCUAGAUGCCCUCUGGAAGUCAGAGACAGAUCAUUUCCGAAGUUGUAGUUGGCCCUUUGUGGGCGUUUCUUGCCCUCUGCAGCGGGCAAAACUUCCCUGAAGCCACGUCCGGCUUCUCCGGGAGGCGGUUGGUGCUUCCGGAGACGGUGGUGAGCCACUGCAGUGCCAGCAGAGAUCCGGGCGAGUACAACCUGCGUUCUCGCACAGUGUUGUGUGGCACAUGUGGGCAGCCGGCAGAGAAGUCAUCCGGGGGCACGAAUGUGGGCACCAGCACCAUGUCCACCGGCUCCUCCUCCUCCAGCUUGACCAUCACACGCAGCUACCGCAGUGGAGGCACCAACCUCGGGGAGAGCCUCCUGCCCCGCACCUACAUCCUGGGCAGCUCCACCCCACACCAGCAGGGUCCUUCAAACUGCAGCAUCAUGUAAUCGUCUGACGUUCCCAACAUGCACGCAAAUCUGCUUUAUGGAGCUCUCUGUCCUUUAUGUGCUCAGAAAAAGAGGAAACCAUUUUUAAAAGAAGUUAUUUUCUAUGCAAGAAUUUAUACUUUAUUACAUAUCUAUAUCUAUAUAUCUCUAUAUAAAUAUGCUAAAGGUUUUUUAAGGGGGUGGGGGAGGUCUUUUUUUCUAUCUCAAAGGUUUAAAAGGAGCCCUGCGCCAAAGAGGUUAAUCUAUUACUGCCAAAAAGGAAAAAAAGUCCUAGAAUUGUCAUAUGUUUCUUCUAGUAAGGGGGAGCCUGCAAAAGGACAGGAUCCGUCUGUGUGUGCUUGAAUACCAAAGUUUUCUUUGAAA